AUGCGUUCCUUCGUCGCCUUGGCGGCUCUCGCCCUCUCGGGCAGCCUCGACCUUGCUGCCGCCGGUCCUUGCAGACCUAGCAACACUGUGUCUACUUCUGCCACUGGCUCUGCCACCGAGACAUCCUCUGGCGCCUCAUCGUCCUCGACUGAGACCACUGGCCCUCGCAUCAUCAAGAACCUCUGCCAGAACGGUGGCUUCCAUGACAUCGACCCCGAGGACCCCAGCAACAUCCCCAACUUCACCACUGAGGGUAACACUGAGGGCAGCACUACCGGAGGCUACAAGGGUGACGGAAGCAACGACAACAACUGCGUCAAGUUCACUGUCAGCUCAAUUCCCACCAAGCACAAGCGAGCUGUCGGCGACACUGCCAGCCUGAGCCAGGAGCUGUCCGACCUCAACACUGCGACUCCCUACACGGUUCGCUUCUUCUACUUCAUCCUCACUGCCCCCACCACCCAGAACAUCUGCACUCUCGAGGGUUACAUUGGCUCUCAGCAGUUCUUCACCACCUUCAUCUACAGCACCGGUGCCUCUGCCUUCUACAACACCGCCCUGGUCUCGACCAACGUCCCCUCCUCCGUGGCUCCUCUGUCCAUCCGCGCCAGCUGCUCGUCUGGUGGUCUGGCCUCCGUCUUCGUCGACUCCAUCUUCAUCUCCAACCAGGUCACUCCCCAGAACAUCAACGACUACAGACUUGACUUUGGUGAUGGUGAUAUCCGUGAGCCUGUCUCUUCUCCCACCACUGUCGCCACCACUCAGUCCGCUUCCGAGACUGCUACUGAGUCCGCUACCGAGACUGGUACCGAGUCUGCCACUGAGUCCGCUACUGAGACUGGUACUGAGUCCGUGACUGAGUCUGCUACCGAGACUGCCACAGGCUCUGCCACUGAGUCCGCUACCGAGACCGCCUCUGAGACCGAGACUGCCUCUGAGACUGAGACUGCUACCGAGACUGCUACUGAGUCUGCCACUGAGACCAAGUCGGCCACCGAGACUGCUACCGAGUCUGGCUCUACUACUGAGUCUGCCUCCGCCACCGAGUCUGCCACCGAGUCCGGUUCUACCACUGAGGGUGCCUCGACUACCGAGACUGCCUCUGCCUCUGGUUCUACCACCGAGACUGCUACUGAGUCCACCACGGAGUCCGCUUCCGAGUCUGGUUCUACCACUGAGGCCGCCUCUGCUACCGAGUCCGCCUCCACCACCGAGACUGCCUCUACUUCUGAGACUGCCUCUGAGUCCGCCUCUACUUCCACUGAGGCUGGUUCUACUACCAAGUCUGCCUCUACCACUGCCUCGGAGUCUGCUUCCUCCUCUACUGAGUCCGGUUCCACCACUGAGUCUGCCUCCACCACUGAGUCUGCUUCCACAACCGAGAGCGCCUCUACUACUCAGUCCGCUUCCGAGUCUGCCUCCACCUCCACUGAGUCGGCCUCUGAGACUGCCUCUACCACUGCUUCCGAGACCGCCUCCACCACUGCGUCGGAGUCUGCCUCUUCUUCCACUGAGUCUGCCUCCUCGACUGAGUCCGCCUCUACCACCGCUUCUGAGACUGCCUCGACCACCGCCUCCACCACUGCUGCCCCUACCACCACUGACUUCACCACCACCACCAGUGCUGAGUCUACCACCACCACUGCCGAGUCAACCACCACCAGCGAUGCUCCUGCUUGCUACACUGCCAACGCUGUUGACGCUGGUGGCUUCGAGGGUGACGAGGCCUUCACCUUCUGGACCUUCAAGGCCAAGUCUGGUGUUGUCGCCAACUCCAAGAACCGUCCCAGCCACUCUGGUGAUAGCUCUGCCUUCGUCCGCUGGCCCCAAGGCAACAAGAAGGCCAGCAUCACCCAGACCGUCACCGGCCUCGUCCCCGGCGCCACCUACAACCUCGGCUACUGGUACCACGUCGCCAAGGGCGAGCACCUCCCCUUCUACGAGUGCGACAUCCUCGUCCGCUUCGACGGAGUCAACUUUGACGACUUUGACCCCUUCUACGACGCCAACGCCUGGAACGAGUACGUCCAGCGCUACAACACCGUCGUCCCCACCAGCGACACGGCCGUCCUUUCGUUCGAGCUCUCUUGCAAGAGCAACCCCGACGCCUUCUACAUCCAGCUGGAUGACGUCCAUCUCAACCGCGUCUGCCCCAACGGUGGUGAUGACGAGGAGGAGGAGUCCGAGUAG